AAUCUUUCGAGGUCCUUCUUAAGACUGUUUUCUAAGUUCUAUUUCUCUACUUUAUAUUUGUUACUCGUGUAAAUUAGAAAAAAAGAAGUUUGAUUCUUUACACGCUUUUCCUCCAUAGCGUUGCACCUGUUCCUUGUUACAUGAUUUUCCUACAAUCUUAGUCAAGCAUUCAUCCAUCAUUCACUAUUGAUGAAAUUAAUCCAACUUUCUCGAAUAUUAUACAUUGUUCGACUCAAAUUAAUGGUACAUAUGAUAUCUAUGUACCUUGUCUCGUGAUGUCAGCUACUAUUGCAGGUGGUCGUUUCUGACCCGUAGCUGUGUGUUGUUAGAAUGUGGAAUUUUGCUUCCAAUUGUGUGGCUGGAUGUACUGGACUAAAGAGCAGCUCCCAAAAACUGACUCAUACCGCCACAGAGUGUUCUGAUGAUGAGGUAUCUUCAGAUGGUAGGGAGGAGGUGCUAGAGUGUCCAAUAUGCUGGGAAUCCUUCAACAUUGUUGAGAAUGUGCCCCAUGUUUUAUGGUGUGGCCAUACUCUAUGCAAGAAUUGCAUCUUGGGAUUGCAGUGGGCUGUGGUGAAGUUCCCGACAUUACCCGUUCAGCUUCCGCUUUUCAUAUCCUGCCCAUGGUGCAACCUCCUAUCCUUCCGCCUAGUUUAUAAAGGAAACCUCAAAUUCCCUUGCAAGAAUUACUUCCUUUUGUGGAUGGUUGAGAACAUGAAUGGCGAAAGGGUGAAAUCUCGUUCUGAUUUCUCUGGGGAUCAACUAGUCUUCCCCGUGAGCGGAAAUUCAAGGAGUAAUCAAGUCGGUCACAGUAACCUUAGGAGGGGACACCAUGUUCGUCAAUUAGAUCCACAACGACCAAACAACGCCAAUAGCCAUGCCCAUAGCUUUAAUCUGGAGAGACUGAAAUCAUCUCUCUGCAAAUUGCUCGUGUUCUUCGUUCACUUGACAGCUAAAUUUCCAUUGGUGAUCAUCUUCCUCCUCAUCAUCCUAUACGCCGUGCCUGCCAGUGCAGCAAUCUUGGCUCUGUACAUAUUAGUCACCGUCCUUUUCGCUCUCCCGUCGUUUCUCAUAUUGUAUUUUGCAUACCCCAGUCUGGAUUGGCUGAUGAGGGAGAUCAUCACUUAAGGUGCGUACCACAAGUCAGCCUGAAUUGUGUCUGGUGGAGGCCAUCACUCCAGGACUUUUACUUCUACAAACCAGCCACAGCCAUCAAGAUAGCCGACUUCAUAUCUUAGCUAGUCAACACGUUAGCUUCCCGCUUCCCGCUUCCCGUCCCAAUUUGCCGAUAUUUCAGCAGGAUUGUUCAGAUUCAAUGUCGCUCUCCUGCGAUCACGGAUGAUCCUUGCAGACCCAGGUAAAAUAAGUUUUGUUUUGGCUUAGUGUCCCAUUUUCUUUCCCUAAAAACUCUUCUUGUGUAAGGGCGUACAAGUUGAACUUGGUAAUUUCUGGUGUCCUCUUGUGGCUUUUGUGUGCCACAUUCACUGGCAUUGUGCUAUAGAUAUCUGGAAAAUAGGUGCUGCUGUAUGGACAAGGCUAUAAAGAAGCUCAUGUCCUUGUUUCACUGCUUGUACAGAGGAUUGGAGUAAUUAUAUGAUGCCCAUGUUUUAUAUAAACAAGGACUAGAUCAAAGCGUUUAAAAGUAUAUCAAAACGCUCUAUAUAAGGACCAAAUUGAAACUUU